AUGCCUGAUACCGGCGAUGAGGCUGACUCACGAAUCGCCUCAAUUGGCCAACAGCGACCACGGUCAGCCCGUUCAUCAACCCGUAGCUCACGCGAUGGUGAUUCCCGACCCGCGAAACGAAGACGGCGCAAUCGGUCCCGCGCCGAGGAUAUGAAAGAUAUAGUACCUCGCGGUGCAUCCUUCAGUGCAACACCGCUUGAAGUUGACCCUGUGGAAGGCUCUAGCUCAGAUGUAAAGUCUUCAAGUGAUUCCGAACAGUCGGACAAAUUGGAGCCUGAGAAGGCAGAACCUGCCAAUCCCCAUGCCGGUAGUACAGUACCUGCCAUUAGCUGGAACCAGGGCAGGAAAAGUGCGAUCCGAACUACGCUUGGUAAACGCAAGGCGACAGACGACGCAGCACCGCAUUUAGCACCGCCAUCAGCACCGCCAUUGGCGCCUACGUCUGCCUCCCAACCCGAGAUCAAACCCUCCAAAAAUGCUUCCUCUUCCUCUUCUUCUCUCCCCUCCACCACCGCUACAACAACAACAAAACCAAAACAAUUCGCGGCAGUCAAUGCAUACUGGAAACCUCAAGACGAAUCUGCAUCAUCCGAGCAUAGUGAAGACGAAGAAGAUCAGUCGGAACAAGACGACUCCAGUGACCUUGAAGAAGGAGAGGUCAAUUCUGACUCUGACAAUAUGAAUUCUGAUCCCAACUCCCCGGAUCAUGAAUCUGAAUCUGACUCCGACUCUGUGGAUUCUGACCCUGACGAUUCCAUCUUGUUGAAUAUCGGAACCAAAUCAGAGGAUGGAAAUGAGGAUAAAUCGCACGAUGAGCUUACAGCCGAUGGCCCUACUGCCAAUGGCAUUGCAAAUGGCGACACAAACAGAACUCCCGGUAGCUCCUCAGCGCAUCUGCAGCGCUCAACGGAAACCAAAGAGCAGGCCUUCCAACGUUUCGCCCAAAAAUAUCCCGUUGCGCCGACUGUUUUGGCUGAUCUUACCGAAGAAGAUCGGAAACGACAAGUUGACUUUUGGUACUGGUUCCGAGAAGUCGCCCCAGCUGAUUAUGGUACACUCCCACCCGGCUGCUUUGAAUGUCUGAAGCGUGGUCAUCUGAGCGAAGUAUGCCCGGACAAGGAUUGCCCUCACUGUGGUCAAUGGGGCGAACAUACCGCUCUAUGGUGUCCCGUCUGGCUACGAUGCGAAAAGUGCCGUGAGAGAGGACACUCCGAAGCAGAGUGUACAUCCUCGCUUCGGAGCUCGGCUGGAGAAGUCCCUUGCGACAUCUGCGGACGUACCGACCAUGUGGAGCGUAGAUGUUUACGCCGGAUACAGUUACCAAUGUAUGAGCCUGACACCAUGACAGGCUCCAACCAGUUCAGAAUCUCGAUUUCCUGCUCUCACUGUCUGAGCAACAGUCACAUUCUCGGCGAUUGUCCAAACCGCGUCCAAACUCAGGAGACAGCUUGGAUCUCGCUCCGAGGAAUCUCUCCUUCCAGAAUCAUCAAUACCAACACCGAGCGCGAUCCAGAGCCGCCACGGCCAGUCAACUACCAGGAGGGUCGUGGGAGACCGCAAGGACGACGAGGUGGUUUUAACGCCCGCUCUGACUCGUCUAGUAGUGAUGAUGUCUUGCCUCUCAGGGCCGCGAGCAACCGAAACCCUCCUCCUCGAGGGAACCCUCGAGGCAGAGGUCGUGGGGCAGCUAACCCCCCCUCCAGCUCGGGGUCGAGGCCGUGGAGGAGCCCGUGGAGCGGCUCAGGGACCUGGGGGACCUGGGGGAUCUGGCCGAGGCCGUGGAAAUGGCCGCGGAGGGCCGGGAGGUCGUGGAGGACCCCCGGGUGGUCGGGGUCGUGGGGCUCCUCGUGGAGGGCCUCGUGGCGGGCCUCGUGGCGGUGGUCGACGCGGCAAUUAGCCCAUCGAGGCCAGUCACCCAGUAACGACCCGGCCAUGAAUUUCUUUUUCAUUUUCAAAUUUAUUUCUACCUAG